UCCUUUCCCACACUCUUUCUCUCUCUACAAUUCCCCCACUUUCUCUCUCUACAAUUCAUCCAAUUUCACCAACAUUUUCCCCCAAAUCGGAUCGAAUUCUCGUUCGAUUCGCUCUAUGGCACCUGCAUUCACCCCCAAUUGAUUCUCACAGCCUCCAAUUUUGACCAAUUCGAUUGCCGUUCGUUGUUCGUUCGUUCUCACCGGAAGUUAGGGUUUUUUCGUGGUUUAAUCAGGUCGAAUUCAUCUACUUAUUCAAUUGUUUGAUUUAGUUGUAUCGGAUUUGAUUGAUUUUUGUGUUAUUGUUUGUGAAUUGAGGUUCUGAUUUGAAUAAUUGAACGUUAGGGUUUCGUUAUUCGUUGAUUCUUUAUUUGUACAGUGUUUGUUAAUAAUCUGUAUUAUAGGUUUAUACAAGAAACUCUGUGAAAUUUUUGGAAAUUUUGGCGCCUUUUUUUAGUUUGCCCCCAAAAAGUUAGGGUUUUCUUGUUUUGUUAUUUUUAGGUUUUUAGGUAUUCAACAGAAAACAAACAAAAAAAAAGUUUCAAAAAAAUAAAAGAAUAAAAAAAUUUAAAAAGAUUAGGAAGUUCUUCCUUUUCCCCCUUUUGGUUUUGUCAUGUUGCUUGUCUUGAAUUUCUAGGGUUUCGUUGAAUUCGGCUUUGUUCGGUUUCGUUGAAUUCACUGUUGUUCGUUUUCGUUCGGUUCCUUUCGUUUCAUAUCCGAAAAGGUGUCUUUUUUCCAGGUUUUUGUUGGUUUCAGUUUCAUUCGGUUUAUUUCUGUAUCCGAAAAAGGUAUUUUUGUUUCUAGGGUUUAUAGAAAAUGGCAUUGAAUUACUCUCAGCGUCCGAUUUUUCCUGCUCAUACGUCGGAAGACAGUAUGGUUUCGCCGCUGAGAAUAGUGAACAGUGAGAAAGGGGGUCAUGAUGAGUUAUAUGAUCGGUUUGGUUCACGGAGGGAGAUAGUUGAUAAAGGUGGUUCACCGGAAUCUGUAUCGAAAGACAUUAUUGAUUUGUUGCCAUCGGAUCCGUUUGGGAUGGAUAUUGAUAUUAGUACCACGUUUACCGCGAUUACAGGAUGGAUUGGUGAUUUAGAACUUGAUUAUGGGGAUUAUAUGAGAAACACAUAUGUGAAUCAUAGAGAAGAUUACGGGUUAUUCGCAGGUUUCAAUUUCUUUUUGAACAGUGCUAUGAAGUUCCAGUCGAUUCCCACUAAUUUGAUGUUCCAUGAUCAACACUAUAAGGAUUUUGACUGUGUGAGUGAAAGUGUUUUUGUUACAAAAUCUGAAGAGUCUGUAAACGAUGUUGCCACGUGUCCUGAUGUUAUUGGAGGAGAGCCCCAUGAGGCUUUUGUUCUAGCUCUUAGUUAUUUGGGAACUAAAGAUCUUCUUGCGGUGGAGCGUGUUUGUAAAUCUUUGUGCUCCACUAUCCAUAACGAUUCUCUUUUAUGGAGAAAUCUGUACAUUGAUCAGCCAUUGAAUGAGAGAAUUACUGAUGAUAUUCUUGUUCAGUUAACUAAUCGCGCUGACGGUAAUCUUCAGUGCCUGAGCCUAAUAAAAUGCCCAAAGAUCACCGAUGAUGGUCUCAGGCGCGUUUUGGAAACGAACCCAAAACUGACCAAGUUAUUCAUUCCUGGAUGCACACGACUCAGUAUCGAGGGUAUCUUGAAUAAUCUGAAGGCUUUCAACUCGAAUACAGAAACCGCUGGUAUAAAGCAUAUAAAAACAGGUGGAUUUUACGGAAUAACACUUGAUCAUUAUGAACUGUUGAAUAACUUGUUGGGAAUUCAGAAAAUCAAUUACAUUCCACAUUAUUAUCACCGGGCAAACUCGUAUACGCCAUGUGAUGAUGAUGAUCGUGCUAUAGAUGUUGAAAUUUGCCCUAGAUGUCAGAACCUGAGGCUCGUCUAUGACUGUCCAGCUGGCGGUUGUCAACCGAAAGAGCAAUGUAGAGCUUGCAUAAUCUGCAUUCCUAGGUGUGCUGAAUGCGGGCGGUGUGUACAUAAUAGUGAAUAUGAAGAAACGUUUUCGUUGGAGUAUCUCUGCUCAGAAUGUUUGAAACAACUGCCUAGGUGUCAAGAGCCACGUGGGUAGAUUCGUUGGUACCACAUUUGAUUGAAAGAUGAAAAAAAAAGCUCAUAUUGGUUUGUGAUGUUUAUGAAUCAUUCCCCUAUAUCCGUUUGCCGGUCGAAAUAUGAAAAAAGAAAAGUAACAAAAGUAUGUUAGAAGUUGGUUAAAGAGAGGGGGUGCUGUUCUCGUUACAUGAUAGGGGGUCGGAUUGCGCGCUUGCACGCUUAUCGAGGGCAUGGUUAGGGUUCGUGUUUGGGUUAGUACUUGUUAACGUGAUGAGAUGUGGAUGUGGUCCGGGGACUUCGGGUUCGAGAUCAGGUGUUAUACUGUUAUUCAUGGAUGCACAUGCUGUGGGUCAAUGGGUCGACGUUGUUGACCGCUACAAUGACGUGAAUCACGUGAUCUCAGUUUUCGAACGUGAUAGUGCGGUUGGGGCUAUUUGGGUGUAUGCAGGUCUGGUCAGCUACAAGACCGACCCGUUUCACGAUCGUGGAUACGUUUGUGGGUGGCCCGGUAUGUUUCGUUUUGCUGAGUCUGUCUUUUCUGUUUUUACCAUAAUGUUUGUUUGUAAUGACAAUAAAGACUUUGUAUUCAGUUGUAUGCUUAUUGCUUUGUGUCAGCACUUGUAGUGUUGCUGAUUUGAAAAGAUACAAGACCAUGCAGGGUACAAUUGUUAAUGCAUAGGGUACAACUGUACAAGUGUAUUACAGCGCGUUGGUUUUUGUAGGUCCAAAAAUAGAACAUGCAAAAAGGUGUGACAUGUUAUAUUUUAUUGGGGUACAUGAGUACAAGUUUUGGCGAUAUUAUCACGGCUUAGUUGACCAAGAUGUAGUUUUCACGUGAU